AUCAGGAAGAACUCGAAAGAAGAAAUGUUGAAUAACUCCAUGAAUGUUGCUCUGUUACUACUCUUUCAACUUCUACUCAUUGCAAUUGCGGUACAGUACUCAACCGCUGAUGAAUCCUUCGAUGUUCGUCAACAUCUAUCAACUGUAUCGAGGUAUGAUAUUGUGAAGGAUAUAUCUGAUGAUUCCUUUGCUCCUUCCCAAAAUCUCGAUCAGUGUACACCUAUUCAUUUGAAUCUUGUGGCGCGGCAUGGCACUCGUGCUCCUACAAAGAAAAGGAUCAGGGAGCUAGAAGCCUUUGCUGCUCGAUUGGAAGUCCUUGUACGUGAUGUUAAGGAACAGAAGCAGUCUUUGGAUAAAAUUCCUGCUUGGUUAAUGGUGUGGAACUCUCCUUGGAAGGGCAAACGUACAGGCGGAGAGUUGAUCAGCGAAGGAGAAGACGAGUUAUAUCAUCUUGGUAUCAGAGUCAGAGAACAGUUUCCCAGCCUGUUUAGUGAAGAAUACCACCCUGCUAUAUAUUCAAUCAAGACUACCCAGGUUCCUCGGGCAUCAGCUAGCGCUGUGGCAUUUGGCAUGGGUCUGUUUAGUGGAAAAGGGAAGCUUGGACCAGGAGGUCAUCGAGCUUUUGCUGUUACAAGUGAAAGCCGUGCAAGUGAUACAGUUUUGAGAUUUCACGAUUGUUGUCAAAGCUACAAGGAUUUUAGGAGAAGUCAGGAACCAACUGUAAAGAAGCUCAAAGAACCUGUAUUAGAUGAAAUUACUCAUGAACUAGUGAAGCAAUACGGGCUUAAUUUUACAAAACAGGAUGUAUCUUCUCUAUGGUUUUUAUGCAAACAGGAAGCUUCACUGUUGAACAUCACCAAUCAAGCUUGUAGUCUAUUCAGUCCAACAGAGGUUUCUUUGCUGGAAUGGGCCGAUGAUUUGGAGUUAUUCAUACUAAAGGGCUAUGGUAAUUCACUAAAUUACCGAAUGGGAGUGCCGCUACUUGAGGAUGUAAUUCAAUCCAUGGAACAGGCAAUUAAGGCUAAAGAAGAAGGAUAUGCUCCCGGGAGCUAUGAAAAAGCAAGACUACGUUUUGCUCAUGCAGAAACUCUGCUUCCCUUUUCAUGCUUGAUCGGACUCUUUCUUGAAGAAUCUGAAUUUGAACUAAUACAAAGAGAGCAGACAUUGCAAUACCCUCCUAAGCCUCCUAAAACAAGAAACUGGCGGGGAAAUAUGGUGGCACCUUUUGCUGGAAAUAACAUGCUAGUCCUUUACAGCUGUACGUCAGACAACUCAAGCAAGUAUUUUGUUAAAGUGCUGCACAAUGAACGGCCCAUUCCAAUACCAGGUUGCAAUGGCUCAGAUUCUUGCCCAUUUGAAGUAUUUAAGGAAAGAAUAGCUGCUCCUCACUUGAAACAUGACUACAGCGCUCUUUGCAAUGUGAAUUUGGAACAAAAAAAGGAUUCUGCCCCCGGUAUGUUCUCGCAAAUGUUUGGUUGGAUUUUCUCACCGAGGAAUGCUGAUACACCCGCCCAGAAGGUUGAGCUAUAACAUCUUACACG